UGGCUGUGACCCGUUCGGGUAGCGGACAGCGGAUACUCGUGCCUCCUGCCUCCUGCCUUCUGCCUUCUGCCUUCUGCCUCCUGCAGCCUCCGUGGAUCAACAAAUGCGCAAAAAUCAAACAAAACUGAACUGUUGGCUUAUGUCACUCCCGUUUCCUUCCACAGUGCAAACCGAAUCGAAACAGUGACGAAAUACAAGAUUAACAUUGAAAAAGUGAACAGAAAUCCUUGAACAAAAGGCACAAAAGCAAAACAACAAACCGCAAAUUUUAUCCCUGUGGAUACGAGUUUAGUUGUUUUUCGUUGUUGGUUUCCUCGCGACCCCCUACAUUGUUUUUCUUCGCUGGCAACGUAGUCGGCCAUUGAGUUGGCCGAUACCAAACGACCUUCAAAACGUUUUGCGUCGAGGCAAUACGCACCAUGGGCUGCGCACAGUCUGCCGAGGAGCGAGCCGCAGCCGCCAGGAGUCGCCUCAUCGAGCGCAACCUCAAGGAGGACGGCAUACAGGCGGCAAAGGACAUUAAACUGCUGCUGUUGGGCGCCGGCGAGUCGGGAAAGAGCACAAUAGUCAAACAGAUGAAAAUCAUUCACGAGAGCGGCUUCACUGCGGAGGACUUUAAACAAUAUCGACCGGUUGUCUACAGCAACACAAUACAAUCAUUAGUUGCCAUACUGCGAGCGAUGCCAAACCUAAGUAUUCAGUACAGCAAUAAUGAGCGGGAGAGCGAUGCUAAAAUGGUGUUCGACGUGUGCCAGCGCAUGCACGACACCGAACCCUUCUCGGAGGAGCUGCUGGCCGCCAUGAAGCGUCUCUGGCAGGAUACCGGUGUCCAGGAGUGCUUCUCACGCAGCAACGAAUACCAACUGAAUGAUUCCGCUAAAUAUUUCCUGGACGAUUUGGAUCGGUUAGGCGCCAAGGACUACCAGCCAACUGAACAGGACAUCUUGCGCACUCGUGUCAAGACCACUGGCAUCGUUGAGGUUCACUUCUCCUUCAAAAACCUCAACUUUAAAUUGUUUGACGUGGGCGGCCAGCGUUCUGAGCGCAAGAAAUGGAUACAUUGCUUCGAGGAUGUCACGGCGAUCAUCUUCUGCGUGGCCAUGUCGGAGUACGAUCAGGUGUUGCAUGAGGACGAAACUACGAACCGCAUGCAAGAGUCGCUGAAGCUGUUCGAUUCGAUCUGCAACAACAAAUGGUUUACGGACACCUCGAUCAUAUUGUUCCUGAACAAGAAGGAUCUGUUCGAGGAGAAGAUACGCAAGAGUCCACUGACAAUUUGCUUCCCCGAGUACACAGGUGGACAGGAGUAUGGCGAAGCGGCUGCAUACAUUCAGGCUCAAUUCGAAGCGAAAAACAAAUCAACCUCAAAAGAAAUCUACUGCCACAUGACGUGUGCCACAGAUACCAACAACAUUCAGUUUGUGUUCGAUGCCGUCACCGAUGUCAUCAUAGCAAACAACCUGCGCGGCUGUGGACUGUACUAAGCCAUUGCCGGAACAUGUGGAGGAGGUGGACAUGGACGACGACGUGGAGCAGAUGGGGGGCGUUAGCAGGGAACACCGUAACGGUAUUAAAGAGCAGCGCGGGAGCACAACAACCCACCAGCAUUGAUCAAAAACAAAAGAAAAUUUAAGAGCAAACGAUGAUAGAACCAACAAACAAGCAAAGCCCAAAGAACUUUUAUUUGUUUAACAAAGCGAACAGAUGAUCCCGCGUACGAUGGGAGGACAUGCAACCAGUACAUUAUAAUAUUGAUCCAGAUAAGAUGAGCAGAUGCAGAAUGCUAAUGCAGAUCACAGAUCGCGGAUCCCGAGAUCGAGAUCGAGGUCGGCUACGAUAUGAGAUGUGAAGACACAGCUGACAGUGAGCCACAGACAAGCAUUUGAGAAGCAGUUGAUGAUUGAAAGCAUUUCCUAUAUACAUACAUACAAACAAAAAAGCAUAUACAUACAUACACACAUACAUAUGCAUUAUGCAAGCCCCAUGUACGACAUGACAGCCACACACUAAUACACGAGCAUACACGCAUAAGCGCAUAGUUGUUGUUUGGUCUGAAUAAUUUUUAUAGAAUUUCAUAAUUCAUAAUUUACGUGUAGCUUAGUUUCCUCAUGUAUUUAUUAAACGAAUGCCGAACGAGCAUAUAUACAGCAUAUGUAUGUGCACACACCUCUAUAUAUACACAUACCCACAUACAAUACGUAUAUAUAUAAAUAAUAUAUUUAAUGUUUCCUGUUGCAAUCUCUCUUUAAAAUUAUUCAUGCCAUCAACGCUCUCUGCAUUUGUCGUGCUUGUUUAGACCUAAGUUUUGAAAAGUUGCAACAAAACCGAACAACAACAAGCAGAACAACAAAGUAAUAAUAUUAAUAAUAAUUAAUUUGAUUGCGUUGCGUGUCAGCGUGUGGGCAAAAGUAAAUAUAUAUUAUAUUGUACGACAUUAAAGUGAACAAAAACCAACCAAAAGGAAACACAUAAGAACACACAAAAACACAAAAACACACACACACACAUACACAUAUAAAAGUAAUGAAGGAAAAUCUUAAAAGUUUAAGUCUAAUUUAAAGAUAAAAGAAAAGGAUAUAAAUCUCUAUCUAUUGUAUUUACAAACAUAAACUAAACUAAACUAAACGAAACGAAACUAACAAAAAAGUAAGAGUAACGCAAAGCAUAUGUGGCCACUUAACUAACUUGUGUAAAAAUCAGCAGUAGCAGCAGCCAUCAAUGAUUGAUUGACUCGACGAUUGAUGCGUUUCAAUGUAUGUAAAUUGUAAUUUGUUGGAUUUACGUGUAUAGGAGAGGUUUAGCUGGCAUACACACAACACACUGAACACACACGCACAACAAUUUCAUUUGUAUUCACUUAACGCUGAUUUAUUGUAAUUAAACGAAUUUGUUGCAUUUAUUUAUACAUACAAACAAACAAACAAACAAAACCCACAAAAGGCAAAGCGCACCCUACUCUGGCAGCGCACAAAAGCAUGCUAUACUUUUGCCAUGUCUCACACACACAAACCAACAAACGGAUCAACAGCAAGGAAAACUCAAGCAAGGAUUGCAUGUAAUAAUCUAUACACAAAUUGUACGAGUACUUUGAUGUAACAGUACGACACAUAACUGUAUGCGAAUGCAUAUGUACAUAUGUAUGUAUGUAUGCACAGUUGUAUUUAGCGUGUGGCAUUUAACCCGAGCCCCGAGUAUGUUGAAUUGUUUGAUUAGACUUAUUAUUGUAAUUAUUACCUUUACGAGUACUUUUGUAUAUGCUUCGUAUGCGCACCGUGCAUUUGAUUUUACAGAAUCAGUUAGCGGCAAUGAAUUUAUAUUGUUAUUUCGAUAGUCUUUUUUUUUUGUAUGUACACCCCCGCAGUCCUAUACCCUCCCCUAGUUCUACUGGAGGCCCUCUGUACCCUUGUGCUCUUGCUCUAGAUGGACAAAUCCACUUAUGUUUUAUAGUUUUUAAGUCUAAUUUAUGUAAACGCACACGAACACACACAAACAAACAACUUAAGCAUCAAAUAAGUAAGUUUAUUAGCGAAAUAAAUAUUAUUUGACAUUCA